CUCCCUCCUCUUCCUCUCCUCGUGUGAUCAAGCUGCGAUUCUGUGCUGUGCGUUGCGUGCUGUGCCAAUGGCGGUCAUGAGCGAGCUCGUCGGCACCAUCGGGACGGGGACGGGCUGCUCGUGGUCGGACCUACCGGGCAACCUCCUCGAGUCCGUCCUCGCCCGCCUCCCCGUGCCGGACCGAUUCCGCUUCCCCGCCGCGUGCACUGCGUGGUGGUCGGCCGCCAGCGCCGUGCAGCCCCGUGCCGUGCAUGUGCCGUCCCCGUGGCUCAUGCUCCCCUUCGACCCGACCGUGCGCCGGAGGCGCGGUGGUGGCACGUCCUCGGAGGGGGCGCGGUUCUUGAGCCUCUCCGACGGCAGAGCGUACAGCAUCCCGCAGCCAGCCCCGGCCAUAUCAGACCGCCUCUGCGUCGGCUCGUCGCCCGACGGGUGGCUCGUCACCGCCGACGCCGCCUCCGAGCUGCACCUCCUCAACCCGCUCACCGGUGCGCAGGUUCCGCUCCCGCCGCCCGACACGCUCCCCUUCGUCCACGCCAGCCGCGACGCGGACGGCCGCGUCGUGACCUACAGCCUCCGGUGCUGCUUCGCCGACGAUGACGCCGACGAGGCUGCGACCGUGCUCGUCCCGCCGGAGUCCUUCGCGCCGGACAGGCUCCGGUACGAGCUCUACGAGAAGGCCAUCCUCGUGUCCGCGCCGCGGGAGGGGCAUACCGCCGCGCCGGGAUCGGGCGGCUACGCCGUCAUGCUCAUCUGCCAGCCUCUGUCCCGCAUCGCCAUCGCCCGAGCCGGCGACACGAGGUGGACGCUGCUCGACACGCCCUCGCGCCGCUGGGCGGACGCCAUGCGUGCCUCCUCCACGGCUAGCGCCGGCGGGCGGCAACUGGUGUACGCGAUGGACUCCGCAGGGCGCGUUGAGGCAUGGGACAUGGACGUCACGGCGGACACGACGCCGACCCGGAAGGCCAUCGCGCCGCCGUGCUGCUGCUGCUCGCGGCGCGCGUGCUCCAUGUCGGCGGCUUGCAGUAGAUACCUCGUGGAGCUCUCGCCGGGGCGCCUACUCCAGGUCCACCGGCUCAGGGACGCAGCGAACGCGCGGAGGUGGGAGCCCCGGCCGGAGCAGGUCGAGUACACGACCGUCGCGGCCGAGUUCUUCGAGCUGAUCGGUGGUCGGUGGGCGCCGGUGGACAGCUGGAACGGCCGCGCCGGCAUCCUGGCCGGGCGCGCGCUGUUCUUGGGGAAGAACACGUCGCUGUGCAUCCCGGUGGACGACUGCCCCGAGCUGAGGGGCAACUGCGUCUACUUCACCGAUGACGGGCCGUGGUCGCACGAAAGGUGCCGCGAGGUGGCGCCGGACGUCGGCGUGCUCGACCUCGCCGACGGCAGCUACAGGCCGCCGCGAGGCGCGGCGCGGGACCUGCUCUGGAAGUGGCCGCCCCCAGUCUGGGUCUUCCCGUCGUGCGCCGACUGA